UUUUUCACAGGAUCCCCCUCAUAGCUGAUGGCCCAGUGGAAGGCUAUCAUUUGGUUGCUAAUUUAUUGCAUCAUCAGUUGCUGUUCCUUGUCCUCCACAGAAGAAACGCAUCCUACAGGCUACCCCAGCAUCAUCGAAUUUCCUUCGAACUCAUCCGCAAUCCUCGGAGACGAAGUUAUUUUGCGAUGUACUGCCGUAGGCGAUCCUGCACCGAAAAUAAUUUGGCAUGAAAGAGACACUGGGAGGCUCUCUCGUCGAGGCCGAGUACACGAAAUUGCUCCAAACGGUAGCCUUGUGUUUUCCGAGGUUGAUGGGGACCAAGAAGGCUGGUACCGUUGCAGCGCCAAAAAUUCUCUAGGAAUAGUUCACAGCCCUUACGUGAAACUCACUGUGUUCGAACCAGCGCACAUCACUGAUUACCCCAGUGGAUAUCGAGUAGACAAAGGAGCGAAUGUGAAGCUGACGUGUGUGGCAACGGGAAACCCGUUGCCUACAAUCUUAUGGCUUCAGGAUGGUCAUCAACUGCCAAACUCUACGUGGAAGGAGGAGGUAAUCCGAGGGCAUUUGGCGGCGCACGACUUCUACUCACAGUCAGUGCUGACCGUCAGCUUGCAGGAGACCACACAUUUCAGCUGCGUCGCACGCAACGACCUCGUCGAUCGCGUGCACGAGACAAUCAAGAACUUCACCGUCACUGUCGACCAACCGGAAAUCCGUGCCGGCGGAAUGAAGACGUUGACACCACCAGAGGGGUAUUGUGCCCCGUACAAUGGGCAAGUGUGCAAGGCGAAGCUGAACGGAACCGGACUCGUGUGGUACAACAUAUCUUAUGACAACACGGGUGGCUGGCUCAAUGAGCAGAUCACCGGAGGGCUUUGGAAGGAGCUCAUAAUGACGCUGGAAGAGCCUUGCCGCAGCGCUGCUGAGGUGGUGCUGUGCCACUAUGCGUUCCCAUCGUGUCAGAUGCAGAAGGGCUACCCGGUCGGGUUGCCGCUGUGCAGGGAGGACUGUAUGGCUGUUCGUGACCUUUUCUGCUAUAACGAAUGGCUCCUUAUCGAAGAAGAGAAAAAGGUGGGACGAGUUUUGCAAACGCGUGGGCAUUUCCGCAUGCCGCGUUGCGAAGACCUGCCCACGUACCUGAGACCGCAGAACGUGCCCGAGGACACGCCUUGGGAGGCGCCGUGCUCGCAUGCUAUGCUCACGGUGAUGAGACCCGAGCUGGUGACAACUAAUUUCGUCCCGACUGGAAUGAACAUUCCGCGGGAAUUGUUGGAAGAGUUCAGUGCCGGAAAUGUGUAG